UAUGAUAAUUGACUAAAAAAAUGCCGAAGUCAAUGAGUGAUGACGCGAAAGAUAUAAUUUUAAAUGUUUUGGCUUUUAUGAGAGAGGAAAAGCGGACCCAAACUCUGUUGAUACCAAUAGUAAGAUUAUUUGAUCGCGUAGCAGCGGCUACAGGAGUGAAUCAGUCGUCAGUACGUCGUUUGGUUAAGGAAAGGGAUCAAGCAAAUGAAUCAGUCAAUGUUUCUGCAAAAAGGGUGUCUGCAAUAAGAGAAUCUGACACAGAAAAAUCUACCCCAGGAAAAAGAAGAAAUAUGGGUAAGGACGAGAAAGAAGAUAGCGGCUUCGGUUUCAAGGACAAGGCGAAAGCGGAGGAGACCCUUCGGCUAUUAGAAGAGCACGACAUGAACUAUCGCCGUCUCACAGUCCGCGGGUUACUCGGACGGGCGAAGAGGGUACUCUCAUUAACAAAAGCAGAAGAAAAAAUUAAGAAUAUCAAGGAAGCUAUGGAGGUAUUUGAGAAUUGGAUCGCGGAAUUGGACAAGAAUAAAGAAGGGACACAGAAAAAGCCUGUCAAGAAGGAUAAAGAAGAUAAGAGAGAUGCUAAGGACGAUAGUGAUUCGGAUGUUGAUAUGGAAGAAUCGAAAGAGAAGAAAGCGAAGAAGGAACUUCCUCCCGACACGGUUCCAGGGCUCGGGUUUAAAGAUAAGGAAGCAACAGAUAACACAUUAAGAGAGCUCGAAGGCCGUGAUCCCGAUUAUCAAAAGCUAGCUGUCAGAGGUCUUAUUGGAAGAGCAAAGAGAGUUUUGACAUGUACUCGUGAUGAAACAAAAAUAGCCAACAUAAAAGAGUCAAUAUCGAUUUACGAGAAGUUUCUCGAUGAUUUUGAAACUCAACAUUUAAGUAAGCAAAAUAAUCCUUACCUACCACUUGGGAUUGUCCGUACUUGCCUCCGCUUGGCCGGAGACAAUAUUACAGAACAGCAGAAAUCAUUUAUAGACGCCUACGCAUCAGUGAAUGGUGAAUAUAAACGUCUCCGUACGGUGUUAGAGAAGGAUGAUGGGAAAUCUUGGGAUAUUGUUAGGAAUGCUGCACUCAAAGAUCUUAAAGAAAAGUAUGUGGAUGCGAAGUUGUAUAACGAAAAGGAUGAACCAACAAAAGAACAUUUAGAACUUUUACUAUGGGCAUAUUCACCUGAUGCAGCUCGUGUCAAAAAGGUGAUACCAGAACCAAAAUCUGAGGAAGAAGAACCAAAAGCUAAAGAAAAGAAACAUAAUGAUUCUGAUAGAAAGCGGCGACACAGUGAUGAGGAAUCUCCAAGCAAGAAGAAGAAGGAAUAAUGUGAUAUGGAGCAUUUAUUAUAAUAUUAUUUUUGAUGUGAUUUUUAUUUUGAAAGUAAAUAAGAUAUUUAUAAAAAUUA